UCUAAUUCUUCUGUUUUGCAGGGUUUCAUUUUCGAUUCUUAAUUUUCAUUUCACGGUUUGAAUUUCAUUUUUGUUUCGUUUUCUUUUAUCGUGUUCUAUUUUGUAUACUGUUUCUUUUUCCUCUAACAAUGGAUUCAGGAUCUUUGAGUUCUCCAGCCAUCAAGUCUCAUUCACGCUUUCCUCUCCAAGAACAAUUUCUCCAGAGAAAAAGUUCCCGAGAGAAUUUGGACAGAUUCAUUCUGAAUAGAUCAGCGAUGGAUUUCGAUUACGCGUACUACAUGUUGACAGAAGGGGCUAAAGGUAAGGAAAAUCCAGUUGCGUGCUCCCCUUCUAGAGAAGCUUACAGGAAGCAACUUGCAGAAUCCUUGAAUAUGAACCGGACCAGAAUUCUGGCUUUCAAGAACCAACCACCUACGCCAGUUGAUUUGAUCCCUCAUGACAUUUCUUCAUCAACUUAUCAACAAGAUAAAACCAUCAAGCCCAGACGUGUUAUUCCUCAGGUGCAUUACUGGAUUUUGAUUGGUAUUUCAUGUAUAUUUUAUCUUUAUCAAUUUGGUUGAAUGAACAACAGAAACAGCAAAUUUGAUUUGAAACUUUUUUGAAGUUGGGUUUUUGAAAUUCUGUGGAUCUGAGU